AUGAGCAAUUCGCCGUCAUCUUUGCAUUUGGGUGCUCAAAGCGAAAAGAUCAAAUGUGACUAUGGGUCUGGAGCAUGCAACAGACUCUUUAAUCGACGCGAGGACAUGGAGAGGCACAAGUCAGAAUUUCACGAAGAUCCCAAGAAGUGUCCUUGGUGUGGCUAUAGCGCGAAAAGAGACCAAAGACUGUGGAACCAUCUGUACGAGGAGCACAAAGCGAGGAGUUACAGGCAAAGCAAAUGCCGUUGCCACAGAAAAUCCAAAGGUUCCGCGAAGCAACAACGGCUUCAAAGAGACGAGCAGCCUCAAGGAGCAGAUGCAGAUAGCUCCUCUGUUGACAUGGAUCACGAUGACUUAACCAACGCUGUCUAUCCCCUAAACUCAGACAAUCAUGAAGAAAUCACGAAGACCGGGGACUGGAGCUUGUUCCUAAAUACAGAGUUUCAGAAUAACAUGCAGCAUGGUCAGGAUUCAGCAGGAAGCUUCAUCCAGCCCUCUUCCAUUCAACAAACAUCCGAUGUAGAAACUCUACAGCAAAAUCAAAUUUGGACGAGUCCGGUGAACACACCCUUUGGCUCAACCGAGCAUCAAAAUACGUUUGGAUAUAUUCCUACCAGCCGUGGCUCACAUGGCGUUGGUGCGACUAGUCAUCCACAAGGACCACCCGUGGUCUCUAAUCAGCUCCGAAAUAGGCAGAUAGAUUUUUCGUUGUCACCUGUUCGUCAAUCUGAAGCAUUUCCUGCACCAAUUCACGACCAACAACAACAGUUCGAGCAGUCUGCUUUGGGUAUCUCGAUGUUCUCACAGCCCAAUUAUUCUCAGAACAGCAUGGUUUACCAGACACCUGUAAAUACGACUAAGGAGUUUGGUCAAGCUGGUUCCGUCGACCCUGCGAUUCAAGGAUCAUCAUUGCAGCAGCCGAUGUCAGGCGCGGUAGACAUCGCAGCUACUGCUUGGGGAGGUCAUACUACAUCAUCACUAACGAUUGACCAUUUCACAAGUUCAACCUCUGAUUAUUUUCCUGGUAACUCUGAGAAUGAUCGAAACCCCAUGCAUCUCAACGAGUUUGGGGGCUGGAACAUCGACGAUGACUGA